GAGGCAAUAAGCUGAAGAAUCAACAUUUUCGCCUAAACUGGGCAUGGAUCUCCUUAGAAAAGGAGUAUUAUUUAGUAAAUGAAGACUCAAAAUAUCUUGAUGUUGUUCUUAAAAGGAGAGGUUACCUGGGAGAAACCUCUUUUAUAAGUAUUAGCACGAAAGAUGGUACUGCCAAGAAAGAUAAAGACUUCAGAGGAAAAGCCCAGAAGCAGGUGCAGUUUAAUCCUGGCCAAACCUUAGCUACAUGGCGAGUACGGAUUUUGAGUGAUGGUGAACAUGAACAGUCUGAGUCCUUUCAAAUUGUUCUUUCUGAGCCUGUCAUGGCAGUUCUGGAAUUUCCUGAUGUAUCCACAGUGGAAAUUAUUGACCCAGGAGACGAAUCAACUGUUUUUAUCCCUCAGUCCACCUAUACUAUUGAAGAAGAUGUUGGUGAAUUAUUUAUUCCAGUCAGAAGAAGUGGAGAUGUGAGCCAGGAACUGAUGGUUAUCUGCUACACACAACAAGGAACAGCAUCUGGCACUGCCCCGACCUCUGUACUUUCUUACUCUGACUACAUAUCCAGGCCUGAGGAUCACAACAGCAUUCUACGUUUUGACAAAGAUGAACGAGAAAAAACGUGUCGGAUCGUCAUCAUAGAUGAUUCCUUGUAUGAAGAGGCUGAGACCUUUGAUGUUUUGCUGAGCAUGCCAAUGGGUGGAAGAAUUGGCACAGAUUUCCCAAGCACUCGAAUUACCAUUGUACCUGACAAGGAUGAUGAACCAGCAUUCUACUUUGGAAAUGAUGAAUACUAUGUUGAUGAGAGUGCUGGCUAUAUUGAGGUACGUGUCUGGAGGACUGGAACUGAUCUGUCUAAAGCUGCCUCUGUUACAGUGAGGUCUCGCAAAUCUGAACCAAUAACUGCAGAGGCUGGAGUAGAUUAUGUAGGCAUCAGUCGUAAUUUGGAUUUUUCCCCUGGAGUCAAUAUGCAGACAUUUCGUGUGGUAAUUCUGGAUGACCUUGGACAGCCAGUGUUAGAAGGAACUGAGAAGUUUGAGCUUGUGCUAAGGAUGCCCAUGAAUGCUGCCCUUGGAGAACCCAGCAAGGCCACCAUCUUCAUUAAUGACUCAGUGUCUGACUUGCCUAAGAUGCAGUUUAAAGAAUCUGUGUAUGUAGGCAAUGAAAAUGAUGGACAGAUUUCUGCCAUGAUAUAUCGGAGUGGAGAUAUCCGAUACACCUCCACUGUGAGAUGCUAUACAAGGCAAGGUUCAGCUCAGGUAAUGAUGGACUUUGAAGAACGUCCUAAUACUGACAGUUCCAUCAUCACUUUCCUUCCUGGUGAAACUGAGAAGCCUUGCACACUGGUGCUUAUGGAUGAUACUUUCCAUGAAGAAGAGGAAGAACUGCGUCUGGUUCUUGGCACUCCAAGAAGCGAUUCUUCCUUUGGUGCCUCUAUUGGUGAACAAAAUGAGACGCUGAUAAAGAUUCGGGAUGAUGCAGACAAGGCUAUUAUUAAGUUUGGUGAAACCAAAUUUAGUGUGAGUGAACCAAAGGACACAAGGCAAGUAGCAGUUGUAAAAAUCCCAGUGCUUCGUCUGGGAGACACUUCCAAGGUUUCUGUCGUGAGAGUUCAUACAAAGGAUGGAUCUGCUACUUCUGGAGAAGACUAUCACCCUAUAUCAGAAGAAAUUGAGUUUAAGGAGGGUGAAACACAGCACUUUGUGGAGAUUGAAGUUCUCUUUGAUGGAGUAAGGGAGAUGAGAGAAGCCUUCACUGUUCACCUGAAACCUGAUGAGAACAUGGUCGCAGAAAUACAGACAGCCAAGGCCAUUGUUUACAUUGAAGAAAUGAACAGUAUGGCAGAUGUCACCUUUCCCUCUGUCCCUCAAGUUGCAUCCCUUUUGAUAUAUGAUGAUAUUUCUGGAGCCAAAGACAGAACCAGUCCUAUAGCUGGCUAUCCUGUCAUCUGUAUCACAGCUUGUAAUCCUAAAUAUGAAGACUUUGACAAGACUGGUUCUAUAUGUGCCAGUGAGAACAUCAAUAAUACUCUGACACAGUACCGGUGGCUUGUAAGUGCACCCACUGGUCCUGAUGGUGUGACUAGCCCCAUGAAGGAGGUUGACUUUGAUACCUUCUUCACUUCCUCCAAGAUGAUUACACUGGAUGCCAUUUACUUUCAAGCCGGUUCUCGUGUCCAGUGUGCGGCUCGUGCUGUGAAUUCAGAUGGGAAUGAGGGUCUUGAGCUUAUGAGUCCUAUUGUAACUAUAAGCACAUCAGAAGGUCUUUGUCAGCCUCGUAUGUCAGGAGUAGUUGGAGCAGAACCGUUCUCUGCCAAAUUGCGCUAUACUGGCCCAGAAGAUCCUGAUUAUGCCAACCUCAUCAAACUGACAGUCACAAUGCCGCAUAUUGAUGGCAUGUUGCCUGUUAUUUCUACAAGAGAGCUCUCCAACUUUGAGCUGACUCUUAGCCCUGAUGGAACUAGAGUUGGAAACCAUAAAUGCUCCAACCUGUUGGAUUACACAGAAGUGAAGACCCACCAUGGUUUCUUAACUGAUGCUACCAAAAAUCCAGAUGUGAUUGGAGAGACCAUUCCCUAUCAAUUCAACCCGAUAAUUAGAGGCUUCAAUACCUUACGCUUCUACCGCAGUCUGAAUCUGGAAGCUUGUUUAUGGGAGUUUGUUAGCUAUUAUGACAUGUCCGAGCUCCUCAUGGAUUGUGGAGGCACCAUUGGGACAGAUGGACAGGUUCUCAACCUAGUACAGUCCUAUGUAACUCUGAGAGUCCCCUUGUACGUCUCCUAUGUUUUCCACUCUCCGGUGGGUGUAGGAGGCUGGCAGCAUUUCGACCUACAGUCAGAGCUUCGGCUGACUUUUGUGUAUGACACUGCCAUCCUGUGGAAGGAUGGGAUCGGUAGCCCACCCGAAGCAGAGCUCCAAGGUUCCCUGUACCCAACCAGCAUGCGUAUUAGUGAAGAGGGGCGCUUGGUUGUCAACUUCAAGACUGAAGCUCGGUUUCAUGGUCUGUUUGUGAUGUCUCAUCCUGCUUCAUCUCUAACUUCCAUGGUUAUGUCAGCUGAUCACCCGGGCCUGACAUUUAGCCUCAGCCUGAUCCGAAGUGAGCCAACAUACAACCAGCCAGUACAGCAGUGGAGCUUUGUUUCAGAUUUUGCGGUUCGAGACUAUUCUGGAAUGUACACUGUGAAGUUGAUAGCUUGUACCACUGCUGCACAUCAGGAGUACAGCCUACCAGUGAUCUGCAAUCCCAGAGAGCCUAUCACAUUUGAUCUGGAUAUCCGAUUCCAGCAGGUCAGUGACCCAGUGGCUGCUGAGUUCAGCUUGAACACCCAGAUGUUCCUUCUCUCCAAAAAGACACUAUGGCUAUCUGAUGGCUCAAUGGGCUUUGGGCAAGAAAGUGAUGUUGCUUUCUCAGAAGGUGAUAUCAUAUAUGGUCGGGUGAUGGUGGAUCCAGUGCAGAACUUGGGUGAUUCCUUCUACUGUAGCAUCGAGAAAGUUUUCCUAUGCACAGGAGCUGAUGGAUAUGUACCCAAAUAUAAUCCAUCCAACACUGAAUAUGGGUGCCUUGCUGAUUCUCCAUCCCUUCUGUACAGGUUUAAGAUUGUGGACAAAGCUCAGCCAGAGACGCAAGCCACAAGCUUUGGAAAUGUGCUUUUUAAUGCAAAACUUGCAAUAGAUGAUCCUGAAGCAAUUCCGUUAGUUAAACAGCCAGGCUCUGAUGGAUUUAAAGUAGACUCAACUCCUCUAUUUCAGGUGUCUUUGGGUAGGGAGUGGUAUGUCCAUACAAUCUAUACUGUACGUUCAAAAGAGAAUGCUAACCGCGGAAUUGGCAAAAGAAGCGUGGAGCACCAAUACCACUCGCUCUUUAGUGGUGGGACCCCAGCAGCUUCCACACAGAGGCGUCAGAAAAGGGGAGCUGAACAGGACCCAGAAUUUGCAAAAGACAUUGGAGUAGGAAACAACCGAGGAACAAAUAUACAGCACAUAGCACUGGAUCGCACCAGCAAGAAACAGGUUCCUCAAAGGGAGGUUGUGGUCAAUGGCGUUCUCCCCAGGGAACUGAAUAACCAAAGCGCAGGGGUCAGCAUAGUCACAAUCAUUGGUGGAGCUGCUGCCAUUUUCCUUGCCAUCUGCUUAGUUGCAAUCAUCAUUUUGCUGCUAAAAGGGAAACAAAAUUCUGAGAAGAAGGAAGCCACAAAGGAGUCGGGCAGCAAAGAACCAAUGAUGCUACCGUAUAAUUACACCAGCGACAGCUCCGAGGUUUGA